AAAGUAUUGAAAUUGUGGAGCACUUAAAAGCAGUAGUUGGUGGAUUGUGAGGUUAGAACUUAGAGGCAGUAAAUUUCUUCAAUUUUAUUAUUUUUAAGCUUCCAUUCGGAACGAAAGUAAAGAAGAAGAUUAAGAUGGCUUGGAUGACAAGAUUUCUAACCGCGGUGGCGUUUCUGGCAAUCGGGGUAAUUUUCUCGCCGGAAACCUUCGGAUCGAAAUCGGACGGCCAGAACUCGCCUGUGCUCGUGACCGGACUGAAAUUGGCUCACCUCCUCUGCUUUUCCACUGCCUGGGGCGCUGCCUUGUGGGUGACCUUCAUCGGCGGCAUUAUCAUGUUCAAAAAUUUGCCGAGGCAUCAGUUUGGGAAUUUGCAAAGCAAGAUGUUUCCAGCAUACUUCUCCAUGGUUGGGGUUUGCUGUGCAGUGGCAGUUGGGUCAUUUGGGUACUUGCAUCCUUGGAAAACUUCCGGGUCAACUGAGAAGUACCAGCUUGGAUUUUUACUGGCAGCCUUCACUUUCAAUCUCAGCAAUCUUAUUAUCUUUACGCCCAUGACAAUAGAGAUGAUGAAGCAAAGGCACAAGAUAGAGAGAGAAGCAAAUAUAGGGGAAGAAGUUGGGUGGACCAAAAACCAACAAGUUGCGAAGAAAAAUCCGAAGCUUGCUGCCAUGAACAAGAAAUUCGGAAUGAUUCAUGGAUUAUCGUCUCUUGCUAAUAUCUUUGCUUUUGGUAGUCUUGCUGUUCAUUCCUGGAUCUCGAGAGACCGCUACCCAAAGGUAAGAGGUCGUGGCUCGGAGAAAAUUUGUUGUCCGGUUGGAGGAUUAGUAACUCGCCAAUUGGGGCAGAUAAUAGCUUCUAUUGGUAAGAAAAGCGUUCACAAUCACAAAGCUCAAGAUGUGGCAUCUAAACGAGGAAAGCUUUUGACAGAGGAUUUCCUUUUCCUGAUUCGCAAGGAUUUGCCGAAACUAAACCGCUGCACGGAAUUAUUGUCGAUGAAUGAAGAACUUAAGCAAGCAAGGAAGGCUUUUGACACUGACGAGGAGAAAGUUUUAACAGUUGAAUGA